AUGGAAGUUCAACCAAGUGUAUUAGAAUUUAAAGGUACUUUUACCAAGCAAUCCACUGAAUAUUUGACUUUAACCAAUACUUCUUCGAGUCCCUUGGCUUUCAAAGUUAAAACCACUGCUCCUAAAUUAUACUGUGUUAGACCAAACGCCAGUGUGGUUGAACCAAAUGAUUCAGUUAAAAUUUCGAUCAUUUUACAAGGUUUUGCUCAACCUUUACCAAAAGAUUUUAAAUGUAAAGAUAAAUUCUUAAUUGUUUCUUUACCUUGUCCCGAAUUAGAAGAUGCUCAAAAAGUUGGUGAAAUCUGGUCUUCUUUGGAAGCUAAAUAUAAAGAACAAUUGGUUUCCAAAAAAUUAAGAGUCAAUUACGUUAUCACCGAUAGUGAUGAAGAU